CGGCGACGCUGUGUCGGACGGGCGCGCCGAGACUCAGUCUACUACGUACACCCGCACAAACCGACCGUCCGUAAACUGUAAACAUCAACAUGGCCCGAACAGCGGUAUAUCUUAGCAUCGUCGUACUACUGGCAGUAUUCGAGAUCGGUUCAUGUUUACGGUGUUACCAGUGCAACUCUCAAGCCGACCCGACAUGUCGCGACCCCUUCCAGAAAACUGCCAAAUCAGUCGACUGCGGCUCCCAAGACUCGUACAACUACAACAAUAACUUCUUGAGGUUCCUCCUGACCACGGAAGACAAUAAGCAUAUGAAUAUCGUCGGAGCGACAAGAUACUGCCACAAAAUCGUUACGAGCACGGGCACAGUGAUCCGUACGUGUCUCGACUCCAACCCGAUUAACAAGAAUCAGUCGUGCCAACUGCUGGACUCGCCUAUUCAGAUCGACGCCUCCAGGAAGAUCACACACUGCAGCGUCUGCGAGAGCGACAACUGCAACGGCGUCGGCGCCAUCUCCUCCUCACUCCCUCUAGCAGCGAUGACUGUGUUCCUCUCCUACCUCGUCUACAAGCAAUAAUAAACACAACAUCAGUAACACAAUCUCAUUGGCUUAAGCUUCCCGCUUAAUGCUUCCACUACGGUGGUAUUUAAACAGCAACUCCACUGUUUUUACACGCCGAACCAACGUGACGGAAGUUUUAAAUGAAUCACAAAAUUAGUUAUUUAUAUAUUUUUUCUUUUAAAACCGACUUAAACUUUACCGUUUUUUUAAACUCAACUAUUUUUAACGAUAGUUUGACACAGCCUACUAGUCAUUUGACCCAUCGUGACUCAACACAGUUUAAUUUAUUUAAUUUUCAGAGUUCGACAAAGGUAAUUCGAUUUAAGACGAAGACAUAGAAGGUACCUGUAAAUUGUUUUAAAAGCGUAGUCUAUUCGAAAAUAAAUCGGUGAUCAGUAACUUCAAUAUUUUCAAGAAAUAAAAAAUACAAACUUACAAAGUUUUCUUAUAUGAAGAUUUCAGCACGUAUGCUUUUUGAAAACAUGGAAUUUAGAUUUUCAAUUUCCAUACACAGAGAUGUAUGAGGCCAAGAUAAAGUAAAGUUUGUAUUGCCUUAAAUGUACGACCGUCCAAAUACGAUUGGUGUUACUUAUGCUUUGUGAAAUUUUAUUAUGUAGUAGGUUCUGUAUAUCCCUAUCGCCAAUUUUUUUGGUAACGGGUGGAAAUUAAUGGAAUUUGUCCAUUUAUCUCCUCUGCGUAGAUGUGGUAUAAGAUAAUAAUAAAAGUACCUGGUUUUUCUGAGAAACUGUAUACCGGUAGUUCAAGGCGGUAGGGGUACAUGGAACAGCAGUGGUAUUCGUAAAAAGAAACUCACUUGUCAUCUCGGAAUCCAAAGUGUGAUUAAAAUUUAGAACACGAAUUUUAAAACACACCUGCGAAUUCCGCGGUGAGAAGUGAGUUUGUUUUUACAGAAUAGCAAAGUAGGCGGUAGAAUUUAUGUAUUGUAGAUGUGUAGUUAUAUGAAAUAGUUAUAUGACGUUAGAGGUUUUAAUUUUUAAUACUUAAUGAUAUUAUUUACCACCUGGAUUUGAGUAAACAUAAACGUAGCGAAAGUAAUUUCAGCAUUUCUUGACAAAACUCUUAUAUAAAGUUAGUAUAAUGUCGAAUAAUGUUGUUCGUGUGUACUAAUUUGAUACGGUGCCAUCGGAUAUUAUAUUGAGUUUGUCAAGAGGUGAUGAAAAAGUUAACAAAAAUAUUUUCUUUGCUUAGAAUGUAAACAUGCAAAAAGUCACCAUUAUAGUGAGUUCACUGGAUAUUAAUGUUAAUUAAUAUUGCUCUGUUGUUGUUGAUGUAUUCAGUAAGGAAAAGUUGUUAAAAUGUCUGAAGUUAGUUUUUAAAGUUGAAAUUGUAAUACUUAUUUUAAAGAUUGUUAACGAAGUUACGUUAUACAAUACAUUUAACAAAGCAUUCAAAAAGAUGCGUCAAAAAUUCGAAUUUAUAAGAAUCUCUUGUUUGAUAGCAUUUAAAGGGUAAGAACUAAAACUUUAUUGUAAGC